GGGACUUCCUGCGCGGGGGCCGGAGCGGCCGGGUCGACCGGCUCUCCGCGGUGCUGGCUCGCGUGGUGGCGGCGGCGGACCGUCUCCGUUAGGUGGUGCGCGGGGCCAUGACGUCAGCGUCCACAAAGGUCGGAGAGAUCUUCUCGGCGGCCGGCGCCGCCUUCACGAAGCUCGGGGAGCUGACGAUGCAGUUGCACCCAGUGGCCGACUCUUCCCCAGCGGGUGCCAAGUGGACGGACACCGAGAUAGAGAUGCUGAGGGCUGCUGUGAAGCGAUUUGGGGACGAUCUUAAUCACAUCAGCUGUGUCAUCAAGGAACGAACAGUGGCUCAGAUAAAGGCCACUGUGAAACGAAAAGUAUAUGAGGACUCUGGCAUCCCUCUUCCAGUGGAGUCACCCAAGAAAGGGCCCAAAAAGGUGGCAUCUGGUGUCCUGUCACCUCCUGCAGCUGCCCCUCCACUCAGCAGUUCCAGUGUUCCUGAGGCCGGUGGUCCUGCACUAAAGAAACAGAAGACUGAUGUGACCCUCAGUGCUCUGAACGACUCCGACGCCAACAGUGACCUGGUGGAUAUUGAAGGGCUAGGAGAAACUCCUCCCGCCAAGAAACUCAACUUUGACCAGGACAGCCUGACCCUGGAUUCUGGCCUUCUGCCAACCUCUACUGAUGUUCCUCUACUUUCCUGCUGAGCCUCCCACCUCUGACCCUCUCACUGUUCACCUUGGACCUGUGGAUCACAUGGAAAUUUGAGUGAAGCCUUCAGGAGAGAGGGUCAGAGGGCUCCUGGGGCAAUCCACCUUGUACCUCCGAAGAACCAUCUGUCCCCACCCCCUGACCUCUAUCGGAUGGACAUUUUUUUUUAUAAAGAAAACAAUAAAGAUUCUUCCCACCAUA